AUGCUUAUUAAUACUUGGUCUUAUCAUUAUGGCAGUCGUUUUGGCGAGAGCAGUAGCAGUCGUCUACUUCCAGACUCAAGUGUGCCAUGUCCUACGGGAAUGUUUCGCUGCAAAGAUGGUAAAUGCAUCACUUCAUUGUGGGUGUGCAACUAUCAGAAAGAUUGUGAUGGUGGCGAAGACGAACAGCAGUCAUGUCCACCGCCUGAAUGCGAAGCCGGACAAAUCAGUUGCGGCCAAUAUAUCUUCAAUAAAACAUAUUGUAUACCACCACAUUAUCGCUGUGAUAUGACAGACGAUUGCGAGGAUAAAUCCGAUGAAGCGCAGUGCACUAUAAUAUAUUCAACAACAUUUAUUUUCGCAGUUCUACUAUUCGACAAUGCUACUAUAAACGAUUAGCGUCUUAAUUUCUCAUUAAGGAUAUUCAAUGUAAGACUUUAAGUGAGUACGACAACUUAAUGUACUUGAGUACUAUUAGAGAGGUCCAAAAACGUACACUUCUUUGCCUCUCCCUUAAACAAAAUAAACGCUCUCCUCGCAUGAAAUGGAACCUACCGCUGUGAAAUGAUGCUGUGAAGUUUUAAGGUAAUGUAAGAAAAAAUCAAGUGAAUCAGAAUAAAAAUGAAUGGAAUAUGUUAAGUAGUAGAAAACAU